AUGACCCGGUUCGCCAAACAGGAGAAAACCAACUCCACAGUUCGAACCACCUUCGCAAAACUGAGGUACGUUCACAGCAGAGAGGGCAUGGGGUGGAGCUCCCGCGGCACCCGACGACGAGCAUGGUACCGCCGCCGCCUGCUCUCAUGUCUGGUGCUAGCCUCGACGGGAGGGCCACUAGCAUGGGCGCAAGUAGCGACCACAUGUGGCAGCAGCUCGCCGCUCCGAGUAGAAACCGUGGCCGAAGCCGGUGUACUCGGCGCCGCCGUUGACUGCACGGACGGCGGGACGGUGGAGGCCGUUUGGGCGGGGACGGUUACUCUCACGGCUCCUAUUUCUGUCGGGGCGGGGACGUUUCUGUCCAUCACCGGAGAAGACGACUCGGCGGAGGUGCUGGGCGGCGGCCAGACCCGGAUGUUCUACGUCUCAUCGUCGGGAGGCCUGACGCUUACCGAUCUCCGGCUCUCGGGAGGAAGCGCUGCAAGCGGCGGCGCUAUUGAAUCCAGCAUGGCAUCGGUAACGCUCGACACGUGCGUAUUCAACGGCAAUGUCGCCACCGCCGGAGACGGAGGGGCCGUGCGGGCGGACGGCGGGAACCUGACGAUAGUCGGGGGGGAGUUCUCCGGGAACAGCGCCAGCGGGAACGGUGGUGCCGUUCUUACCACCGACGCCGGGCUGGUGAUCCGAAACGGCACCCGGUUCGAGGGCAACAAGGCAGUCGAGGGCGGCGGGCUGUAUUGCGGAGGGAAUGAAACGACGGCGUUUGCAAACGACGCCACCUCUUCUUGCUCUCUCAGUGAGGCGGUGUUCAUUGCGAAUAACGCCUCCCGGGAGACAGAGAUCCAAUAUCCUUCAUACUGGGUCUCCACGGAUGAAGUUGAUGGGGGCGGAGCGGCUGCAUUCUGGUAUGCCGAGGUCAACAUAUCGGACUCGGUGUUUGGAUCGAACUACGCUCAGCUCUCGGGUGGGGCGGUGUUCGGGGGGAAUUCAACGGAAAUGGCCAUCAAUGGCUGCAAGUUCGAGAACAACACCACGUUGGGGUACGGUGCAGCAGUCGCUGCGUGCUCCGCCACACUCGGAGGAAGCACAACGCUGACGAACAAUUCUGCCGAGGAGAAUGGCGCUGGGGUGUUCGGUUGGGAUCCGACAGGGACAGUCGUCUUCGACGACGUUGUGUGCAGCGACAACACCGCAGGAGGGCUCGGCGGUUGCUACUACGCCGCUGGCAAGGGCAUUGUCAACGAUGGGGCGGUCAUGCGCGGGAACAGCGCGUUAGACGACGGGGGCUGCGUAUAUGGGUCGGGGGGCUGCGACAUCACUGUACAUGGGGGGGAGUUCGCGAUGUGUACCGCGGCGAAGAACGGCGGAGUCUUGUACGCUUUCGACUCCGCGCGGGUCAAUAUCACGGGGGGAACGUUCACGGAAAACGUUGCCGCGGGGAGAGGGGCCGUGAUCUACUGUUCUGGGGAUACGACCGGCCUAGGAGGCUCGUUCGUCGCGAUCGAAGGAGGCACCUUCAGCGAGAACCAGGGGCUCACCAUGGGGGGGGUGAUCACGGCUUCGGGCUAUCCAACCGUGGUGACUAUCAAGGGCGGCGUGUUUCGGAACAACUCCGCCAACUUCUAUGGCGGGUUCGUGCACCUAGAGGAAGAGGCCAGCUUGACCUGCGAGGGAGCCACGAUCGAAGACAAUAAUGCCGGCGACAAAGGCGGCGGAAUCUACGCCGAGACGUCCGUAUGGGUCAACUCCAGCUGUGACUUGAUCGGCAACGGGGCCCCGCAGGGAGCCGCCACGUACCUCACUGGGGUAACCAGCGCUAACUUCGAAGCCCAUAACGUCACCGACAACGUUGCGACCGCAGGGGGCAGCGUUCUGGGCGUGAGCGGUAGCUCGGUCGUCAUGAGAGGGGUGAACUUUCAGUCGGCCGAUGGCCUACAGGAAGAAACGUGCAUCUUCGGGGUGCACACGGACAGCACGGCGUCUCUCGUUGCCGAGGACUGCGUCUUCGGCGGGUGGCUGGGGGACACCGUGUUCUACCACGCAAACCCCAGCGCUGGCUCUCUUGUGCUCAACAGCUGCGACUUCAGCGAGAGCUCCACAACCAUGGCCGUUACUUCACCGUACUCAGAUGCCGAGAUACGCAAUGCCUUAGUCGGCGAUCUUACGAUCGAGAACGUCGAGACGGUGAACGAUUCGCUGGUUCUCGUCGAUCAAGCCAUGGGCUGUGGCGCUGUUAAUGCCUGUGGGCCGGGAGAGUGCGUAGGCAGCGAUCUCGGGGUGCUGUGCGAGUGCCUAGAGGACGGCGUGUGUCUAAACAACGGCGGGGCGAUCACCCUCACCGUAAGCGGCGAUCUGCCGGACGAGACGUACCGCCCCGAUUGGGUUAAGUUCGAUCUCACGGUCUCCGCAGCCGCGAACGGGACUACGCCCACCAUCUGGAACCUGACGUACGAGGCUGAAAAGCUGGACCUGAAUGCUCUCCCGUCUAGCGGAGUGUUGCCCCCCGGCGGAAACGUGACCAUUUCCGUCACAGGGAGGUCUACUGAGCAAGACGUGGGCGGGGGCCUCAUCAGUCAAUUCGUGGUGGCCACUGUCGGUAGCGGCACCAGCGCGGACUCGGCGACCGCUGGGGUGGGGCUAGAGGUAGAGACGGCCUUCUACCUCUGCGAGGCGUUCGAGUACGCCAUGCCUGACGGUGAGGAACAGGUCACGUGCGAGCAGUGUGUCUUACUCGACGGCGCGGAGGGGGUGGACUGCGAGCUCCCCGGGGCGACGCAGACCUCCUUGCCUGUGAGGGCCGGGCACUGGCGAUCGAGCGAGGAGUCUCUGGUGAUUCACGGGUGCCUUCAUUCUGACGCUUGCGUUGGCGCGACGGAGAUUGUGACCUCAGAUGAUUACUGCGACGGGGGGUACGAGGGUCCAUAUUGCGCCGUGUGCGCGGAAGGGUACGGCAAGGGCGUCGGCAACACGUGCCACUCCUGCACUGGGUCUAAGGCCCGACUCCUCAUCGCGGCGGGUUCCGUCUUCUUCCUGGUGGCCCUGCUGCUGCUGUUCUUCGCGGCCGUGUUCCUCAUCGGGGGUCUCGACGCCGUCGCGAGCGUCCGCGGAUCCGUGGCCCGCUCUCUACGCGUCCCGGGCAAGACAACGACGCGGGCUGAACAACCUUUUCCUCCUCCCGGCCCGACCUUGCCGGAAAGAUCCGCGUCGGCCAGAAAUAUCAGCGCGAGUCGUCAAGUUGAUGACCCCGCGGUAGAGUUUGACUCCGGGGAGGUCGGAGGGCCGAUCACCGGUGGCGGCUUCGACGCACCGGACGAUUUGUUUGGGUACGACAACGGCGAGGACAAAUCAGACGGGUCCAUUGAUUUCUCCGACGCGAACUUGGUACUUCCGCUUGCCAUCGCAGGAAAGGACGCAGCAUUUUGUGAACGAUUUUCUGUCGGCGGCGGUGGCGGUAGCCAUCCUCCAGUUGAUGCCGAUGCCGACGCAGCACCUGCCGAGGCUGUGGCGGGAGGACAGUCGGGGUCUCGCGGGCUUGGCGAAAAGAUAAAGGGCUGGGCGUCGCGGGUGCCGCUGGAUAAACUCAAGAUCCUGGUGGUGGUGUGGCAGAUCCUGACGGUCUUCCCCAGCAUCACGGGGGUAGACUACCCCCCCUCAUACUCUCGAUUCUUGUCUUGGAUCGACGUGGUCAACUUCGAUGUCGGCCACAUCUUCUCGGCCUCCUGCGCCCUCCCAUUCUUGACGUUCUACGAAAGACUGCUGCUAACGACGCUCGCACCUAUCGGGCUGGGAGGGGUGCUAGUGGUGACGUACUGGAUGGCGAAGCGAACGGCAGGAAUCGGGUCGGCCGGCGUUCUUGCCAGGAGGGCGGCGUGGUCGAGGCACAUGGCGGCAGGAUUGCUGCUCACGUUCUUGGUAUUCACCUCCUCUUCUACGAUAGUUUUCAAGACAUUCGCCUGCGACGAUGAAGCGGUGGAGGGAGAGAGCUUCCUCAGGGCAGACUACGGCAUAUCGUGCAAAACAAACAAGCAUGCGUGGUACGAGGUCUACGCUGGGGUCAUGAUCGCGGUGUAUCCGAUCGGCAUCCCCCUCCUGUACGCCUUCAUACUCUGGAGAAACCGAGACUCCCUCAACCCACGGGCAUACUAUAGCACCGGUCUAGAGCUGGAUGGGGAAAUGAGCGAGGGUCCAAGGGAAACGGAAGAAGAGCUGCAGGACAGGCUGGAGAAGCGCAGGCAGAAUCCGGACCUGGUACCCUCCAUGUUCCUGUGGAAAGACUUUGGUCCCGACAUGUACUACUACGAGGUGAUCGAGUGCGGCCGGAGGAUCCUCCUGACGGGGGCUCUGAUUUUCAUCGCCCCGCACACGGUGGCCCAGGCGGCCAUCGCCUGCAUGUUCGCCUUCGCGAGCCUGCUGGGCUUCGAGCUGUUGAGACCCCACCUGGAUCCCGCGGACUCGUGGCUCUACCGCCUGGGCUGCGUGGUCAUCUUCCUGAGCAACUUCUUGGCGCUGCUUAUAAAGGCAGAUACGGCGGGUGAAGGCAGUCGCUCCGUCCUGGGGGGAAUCAUGGUGGCGAUCAACAUCUUCCUCAUCCUGGCCGUCCUCUUCUCAACCUGGUUCGCCACCCAGCAGUCGGUGGACGACUCCCGCGACAACGAGAACCCUGUAGCCUUGGCGAAGACCAUGCUGACGUUCGAGCAGGUGGCCGCGAAAAGCGCCCGGCUCGCUCGAGAGGGGCGGGCUCCAGCGACCUCCUCCGCGCUCCCCUCUUCCGGCGGUGCCGCUGUCGGCGGGGAAAGCUGA